GGAGGUGGUGGUUAAGGGAGACCUCCCCCACCCCUUCGCUCUGACGCUGUACGAGGAGACUCUGUUCUGGACUGACUGGAACACUCAUUCCAUCCAAUCCUGUCAGAAAGAGACUGGGGAGGAUCGGAGGAAGGUCCACUCAGACAUCUUCUCUCCCAUGGACAUACACGUCUACAGCCAGAAGAGACAGCCACUACUGUCUUCACCAUGCUCGGAGAACGGAGGGUGCUCCCACCUCUGCCUCCUGUCUCCUAUCGAACCGUACUACCAGUGUGCCUGUCACGGAGUCCAGCUGCUAGAGGACAACAAGAGAUGCAGAGACGGUGCCACCCAGCUCCUCCUGCUGGCCCGGCGGACUGACCUGCGCCGCAUCUCCCUGGACACGCCUGACUUCACUGACAUCAUCCUCCAGACGGACGACAUCCGCCACGCCAUCGCCAUCGACUAUGACCCGGUGGACGGACACAUCUAUUGGACGGACGACGAGGUCAGGGCCAUCAGGAGGUCGUACCUGGACGGCUCCGACGCUCAGUUCAUCGUCACCUCUCAGGUGAACCACCCUGACGGCAUCGCAGUGGACUGGAUCGCCCGGAACCUGUACUGGACUGACACGGGAACGGACCGCAUCGAGGUGACACGCCUCAACGGAACCAUGAGGAAGAUCCUGAUAUCAGAGGACCUGGACGAACCACGAGCCAUCGUACUGGAUCCUGUCGCUGGAUACAUGUACUGGACCGACUGGGGCGAGGUUCCUAAGAUUGAGCGUGCAGACCUGGACGGGACCGAGCGGGUAGUGAUGGUCAACACCUCCCUGGGCUGGCCCAAUGGGCUGGCGCUGGACUACGCAGACCGUAUGAUCUACUGGGGCGACGCCAAGACUGACAAGAUAGAGGUGAUGGGUAUGGAUGGUUCAGGCAGGAGGAUCCUGGUAGAAGAUAAGCUGCCCCAUAUCUUUGGCUUCACUCUGCUGGGGGACUACGUCUACUGGAGUGACUGGCAGAGACGCAGUAUCGAGAGGGUUCACAAACGCACCACAGAGAGAGAGUUCAUCAUAGACCAGCUACCAGACCUGAUGGGGCUCAAAGCUACAUACGUACACAAGACCUUCGGUACCAACCCGUGUGCGGAGGAUAACGGUGGGUGUAGCCACCUAUGUCUGUAUAAGCCGGUGGGCGUCCAGUGUGCCUGUCCCAUUGGUCUGGAGCUGAUAGCUGACCUGUCCACCUGCAUCGUACCAGAAGCCUUCCUCCUCUUCUCCCGACACACAGACAUCAGACGCAUCUCCUUGGAAACAAACAACAACAACGUGGCCAUCCCACUGACCGGGGUUAAAGAGGCGUCCGCACUCGACUUUGACAUCACCGACAACCGUAUCUACUGGACGGAUAUCACAUUGAAGACAAUCAGCCGUGCGUUUAUGAACGGUAGCGCUCUAGAACACGUGGUGGAGUUUGGCCUGGACUACCCAGAAGGCAUGGCGGUGGACUGGCUGGGGAAGAAUCUGUACUGGGCGGACACGGGGACCAAUCGUAUCGAGGUUGCCAAGCUGGAUGGACAGCACAGACAGGUCCUAGUCUGGAAGGAUCUGGACAGCCCUCGAGCCCUGGCACUGGACCCUGCUGAAGGCUUCAUGUACUGGACAGAGUGGGGUGGGAAGCCCAAGAUUGACCGGUCAGCGAUGGACGGGACAGGUCGGAUCACUCUGGUACCCAAUGUGGGCCGAGCUAACGGGCUGACCAUCGACUACGCUGAGAGGCGCCUCUACUGGACAGACCUGGACACUACACUCAUAGAGUCAUCCAACAUGCUGGGUCAGGAGCGUGAGGUUAUAGCUGACGACCUCCCCCACCCCUUCGGUCUGACCCAGUACCAGGACUACAUCUAUUGGACGGACUGGUCUCAGCGCAGCAUCGAACGGGCCAAUAAGACGUCGGGACAGAACCGCACAGUCAUCCAGGGUCACCUAGACUAUGUGAUGGACAUCUUGGUCUUCCACUCGUCACGCCAGGGGGGCUGGAACGCCUGCGCCUCCACCAAUGGGCAAUGCUCACACCUCUGUCUGGCUGUACCAAUCAGCAGCUUCGUCUGCGGAUGCCCCGCCCACUUCUCCCUCAACUACGACAACAAGACCUGCAGUGCCCCUACGUCCUUCCUCCUGUUCAGCCAGAAGUCAGCCAUUAACCGGAUGGUGAUGGAUGAGCAUCAGUCUCCUGACAUCAUCCUUCCCAUCCACAGUCUGAGGAACGUCAGGGCUAUAGACUACGACCCCCUGGAUAAACAGCUGUACUGGAUUGACUCCAAACAGAACGCUAUCCGCAGAGCCCAGGAGGACGGGAACAUGAGUAUGACGGUGGUGUCGAGCCCAGUGGGCAGUCCUAACCUGGGCCUCCAGCCGUUUGACCUGAGCAUCGACAUCUACAGCCGCUUCAUCUACUGGACCAGUGAGGUCACUAAUGUUAUUAACGUGACGAGGACUGACGGCAGCCGGGUGGGAGUGGUGCUGAGAGGAGAACACGACAAACCGAGAGCCAUCGUGGUCAACCCUGAGCGAGGGUACAUGUACUUUACCAACCUGCAGGAGCGUAGUCCGAAGAUUGAGCGAGCAGCGCUGGACGGGACAGAGAGAGAGGUGUUGUUCUUCAGUGGUUUGGGGAAGCCUGUUGCCCUGGCGAUAGACAACGAGGUCGGCAAGCUGUUCUGGGUCGACUCAGACCUCCGACGCAUCGAGAGCAGUGACCUGUCAGGAGCCAAUCGGAUCGUGAUUGAGGACUCCAACAUCCUCCAGCCGGUUGGUCUGACGGUGUUUGGUAACCAUCUGUACUGGAUCGACCGUCAGCAGCAGAUGAUCGAACGCAUCGACAAGACGACCAGGGAGGGAAGAACCAAGAUCCAGGCUCGCAUUGCCUCUCUCAGCGACAUUCACGCUGUCUAUGACCUAGACAUGAGAGAGUACAGUAAGCACCCUUGUACCUGGGACAACGGAGGCUGUUCUCACAUCUGUAUCGUCAAGGGAGACGGAACCACACGCUGCUCCUGUCCUGUUCAUCUGGUGCUGCUGCAGGAUGAACUCUCCUGUGGAGAACCCCCCACCUGUUCCCCAGAGCAGUUCUCGUGUGUGUCUGGGGAGGUGGACUGUAUUCCCCAGGCGUGGCGGUGUGACGGCUACCCAGAGUGUGAUGACAGUAGUGAUGAGGGAGACUGUCCUGUAUGUUCAGAUUCAGAGUUUCAGUGUGACUCCAGACAGUGUGUUGACCUCAGCCUCCACUGCAACGGAGAGGUCAACUGUCAGGAUCGCUCAGACGAGAACAGAUGUGAAGUGCGCUGUUCCCCGGACCAGUUCAGCUGUUCUAGCGGUCAGUGUGUGGGGAAACAUCAGAAGUGCGAUCACUUUACGGACUGCUCCGACAACUCAGACGAGCUGGGCUGCUACCCGACGGAAGAGCCGUCCUCCCAGCCCACCAACACCAUCGGUUCCAUUGUGGGGGUUGUCAUGGCGCUGUUCGUGGUGGGUGCGGUCUACUUGGUGUGUCAGCGCGUGCUCUGUCCCCAGAUGAAGGAGGACAGGGAGACGGUAACCAAUGACUUGGUGGUCCACGGCCCCUCUGUUUCAUUGGGUUAUGUACCGCACCCCUCGUCUCUGUCUGGGUCUCUGCCAGGUAUGUCCAGGGGGAAGUCUGUGAUUGGUUCGUUGAGCAUCAUGGGCGGGUCCAGCGGCCCACCGUACGACCGCGCCCACGUGACCGGAGCCUCCUCCUCAAGCUCCUCCUCCACCAAGGGCACUUACUUCCCCCCGAUCCUGAACCCUCCUCCAUCUCCUGCUACUGUCAGGUCUCAGUAUACCAUGGAGUUUGGCUACUCCUCCAACAGCCCGUCCACACACCGCUCAUACAGUUACCGGCCCUACACCUACAGUCACUUCGCCCCUCCCACAACCCCCUGCUCCACGGACGUCUGCGACAGCGACUACACCCCCGGGCGCCGCGCCCCGCCCACCUCCAACUCCGCCGUCGCCAAAGGUUACACCAGCGACCUGAACUACGACUCGGAACCCUUUCCCCCCCCAACCCCCCGCAGCCAGUACCUGUCAGCAGAGGAGAACUGUGAAAGCUGCCCCCCGUCACCCUUCACGGAGCGCUCCUACUCUCACCACCUCUACCCCCCGCCCCCCUCACCCUGCACAGACUCCUCCUGAAACCCCCCACAAUGCACCUCUCUACCACCAGCCUCGGACCCCUCGGCUGUACAUAACAAUUGUUGAUAUUAUGAAUCUAAAAGAGGGGG